AAACAUGGCAUAGUUAUCAAGCUUGUUUCUCUGAGGGGGCACUUUUCCAAGGGUAUUUGAAGCCUUAGAAGUCUUACUGUCUUGGGUCCCUGGAAGGUGGGGGGAUGUUCAGAUCUUCUUUUUGUGGCUAUGGACACCCUUCAACAGUGUUUUAUCGGCUUCAGGGGCUUAGGCUUGGCUUCUAAUUUGAGAAGACAAUGGUUUCCUUCUUUACUUUCAGCAACAUCUUGGGGGAAAGGGUCUUCCAUGGUACUUCUAAGGAAGAUUUCUGAGCAAAGGAUUGACUUGUUUAGACCUUUGUCUUAAGAAGACAAUUUGGAAAGUUGUGUGGAGCAUGGAUUAGAUUGGGGAAAGUGUAAGAAAGGAGAACAAUUGGACAAUGUUUCAUGGUUCAGCUGUAUUUUAGUUGGAAUAUCAGAACAAUUUGAAGUAUGGGGAAAAAGAAGAAAAAAGAGAUUCAAGAUGACCAAGCAGAAACUAAAGCUCCUGUCAGCGAAGCACUAUUAGAAUAUUAUUGUCAAAUAAAGGAAGAUGCAAUAGAGAGACUCAUGGUCCAAGUAAGAAAACUUAGGGAUAAGAAUCUAAAAUCUCACGAACGGAAUGCACGACUCAAGUCAGAGCAGUUGUGGCACAUCAAGAAUCUGUUAAGUGACCUAACUGAAGAACAAAAGAAAGCAGAAGCAGCCACCAUAGUGACAAGGGAAGAAGUGGAAGAGGCCCUAAAACAAAAAUGGAAAUUCAUUAAAGACCAGGAACAAAAUUUGAAAGAUAUGCGCUUGCAGAUAAGCAAUGCGGAGAAAACAUUCCUUGAGAAACUUGGAGAGAGGGAAUAUUGGGAGGAAUACAAGAAUGUAGGAAGUGAACAACAUGCUAAGCUAAUCACCUCCUUAGAAAAUGACAUCAGUUCAGUUAAAGAGAAUACAAGGAAAAUGUCAGAAUAUUAUAGAGCUUCUCUGGAUGAAACUAGAAAGAGAAUUAGCAGCAACACCUUGAAACAAAUGGUUGAAAAGAAGGAAUUGGCCACACAGAAUGCAGUAAAAAACAUUGAUAAACGCAGCAAUAGAGAAAUCUUGGAGAAUGACUGGCUUAAAAAAGAAGUUGAACUUCAUAAGAAAGAAGUAGCAGAAUUAGAACAUGCUAUUCACCAUCUGGAAGAAGAAAACUUACUGCUUAUAAGUCAAUUAUUCGACUGCAGACUUGCAGAUCUAAAAAUAAACAGACCUCUGUUUCUUACACAAGCAGCUGGCCUAGGAGAACAAAAAGAUUUUCCUGAAGAAAUACAGCCAGAAACAAACUUAGAAUCAGAGCCCUUAAUGAAAAAAAGUGAAACAGAACUUCUUUCAUUGUCAAAAAGAUUAUCUUUUCUUUAUGAAGAUAAUGAGGAAAAUAUAAAUGAGUUGCAAAAAAGUAUAGAAGGUACUGAUCAUGAUCCAUGUAUCGAAUUUGGUGCUUCUGAUCUAGGUUAUUUGUUAUAUGAAGACGAAAAGGAUUUCAAGGAAUAUACUGAUCUCGGCCCACUGGAGGUGAAACUUAUGGCUAUAGAAGGACAGAAAAAGCCUAUUCUUGAAGGACUGAAAGAAAUGACCAAAAAAGACUGGCUAGAUGCUGGGGAAACAGGGAAUACUAUCACAUAUAAGAUGAUCUGUUCUUUGAAAGAUUAGAGACUUGCAGGUGAAAAAAAACCACUUUUCCAUUGUCAAGAUCAUAGAUUUUAUAAAUUCAUUGUUUGUUGAAGCUUUAAUCUACUUUCAAGCCAAUUUUUAAAAAUAUUGCUUAAGUUGGUAUUUUCAAAGAUCAUAAUUAUACUUAAAAUAAAAGUUUCAACUAUUCAACUAUU